AUGGCCCAUUUGUCAGUUGGGCGGCCCAUCACACCGUGGGCUACUCGCCGACCCUUACAUUUGACAUGCAUAACAAGUUUACAUGUCACGCAAACUCCAUUGACGAAGACGACGCACAGAGACAGUGAGUUUCUGAGCGUGGAAAUCACAGACGGUUGGUCAUCUACGACACAUUCAAAUCUAUCAGGAACCUCCGUUUCUGCUCAUAGCGGUGAGGAUGUUGACUCUGGCGUGGAAGAGAUUGAUGACGGAUUUCAAGAGGUUUCUCGAGUUCCACUGACUUUGAUACUGGUUUCUUUUGCUGUCCGGAUGACACUCCAUGGAAGUUGGAACGGAGGUACAUUCAAAUUGACACUUCAAUUUACAGAGGAUGAUCCCGAUAAGCCACCAACAGUGAGAUUUAUGUCCCGGAUGUUUCAUCCAAACAUUGCUGCUCUGUGAUCCAAACCCAAAUUGGCAAAUUCAACUGCCAAUUCUGAAGCAGCAUGGUUGUUUAGAGAGAACAAGUGUGAGUACAACCAAAAGUGCUGUGAGAUUAUUGAGUAGAGCUGGACAGCAGAUUAGCUCUCACUUCAUUGGGGUGUGUUAUAGGAGGUUGUCAACUGUUCGGCUGAGCUAGAUCCCUACAGAAUUUCUCCUCCUGGUGGUUCUACCAUUUGAUAUGCUCAAAUCCUCCAACGCACUACUUCUCUGCGUAGUCUUCUUAUAUGUCACUAGCCCCUUUCAUAACGUGAAAGUAAAGCUUUCAAGGCAGGCUGCACAUAUAUUGUAAGUCAAAAUUCGAAUUAUG